UGUGCAUGAGGCCUCAUCCGGAGGGGAGUGUGAUCCGAAGGAAAGUGUGGGAAAGCUCCCGUGUUGGUCUCUAUGUGGGAGUUGCCUUUCCUGAGUCCCUCCUGAGACACUGGCCACAGAGGACUGUCUGUUCCCCAUGGUGAGGGUUUCCCUGCAUGUGUGGUUGGAGCUCAGGAAGGGGGAAUGUUGACUGUAGGCAUUAAACAGCAUGUUUUCAACUUUUAGUAUCAAUCUCUGCAGGAUGCCUGAGAAGAAACAUGGAAGAGGGGAUAAAAAGAGUCAGGAAUGGCUCUUUCUCAGGAGGAAAGAUCCUAGUUUCCAACAUACUGGUCUACAAAGUUAUAAGCUUUUGCCUUACAAGUGUAACGGGGUGACACAGCGACCUGGGAAGGCCGGCCGCCUCUGCGGGCAUGGCGAUGGGGAGCCCCGCCACAGCAGUGCCCCUGGUCCGCGGAACCCGGCAGCUUCCUCUUCUCCACUGCGCCCAGUGCAUGUUUUCCUCGCAUCCGGAGGGGGAGCGCAAAGUGACCCAAAUCCUCAAAAUUUCCAGGAUGCUGUGGGGGAAUGUAUAAAAUUCAAAUUAAAUGGGAAGAAUUUAAGGAGAAGAGAACUGUCCAGCAGCCAACAGGCUCUAAAAGAAGAAAUCAAAGACCCGGACGCUCCUCGCCCCGCCCCUCGCCUGCAGCGAUCCGCCCAGCCCCCGACCCGGAAGUUCCGCCUCGUUUUCCGCGCGUGCGCAGUUUCCUGCGGAAGCGGAAAGCCGAGAGAGAAGAUACGUGGGCGAGGGGCAUCAGAAGAAGCAGUGACUGAGAGGGAAAGGCAAAGUCAGAAGUGGGAAAACAAUGAGAGAACCGACGGGGUCGCCCAGGAUGGCUGAGGCACUUGCAAAGGGAUGAUCAACUUCUAAAAACUUACAUUGUCUGAGGAAGAAGCUGGAAAGAGGAAGAAAG